CACACACAUCACGCAUUUCCGGUUUUGAUCUGCAGCUCGUUGAACGUGUCAAACAGCAGCUGUAGCAGAUAAUAUUACGUGGGUGGUGAUUCUCGAGGUUGACACAGUGCUGUCUCCUCGCUAAAUGGUUCAAGACUUUGUUUCUCUAUAUGGAUGGAUUUACAAAGAUUGAGAUGCCGCAAGGGACAAUGCCUAAUUCUUGGACUUGUCGGCUGUCUGUUAUUCAUCAUUAUACUUUCUUUAUACCCUCUACAAGACAUUGCUGGAUGUUCCAUUCCUUCUCCGGCAGUUGACCUAUCUAUGUUAUGUAAAGAAGCUAAGAGAAAAUGUAAUCUCAACGUUAAUGUGGAUGAAUCUCAGGCACUGGGCCAAGUUUUUCCCCCUGCUCACCUUCAAGGGGGCGACCUGUCUGCACCAGAUGAGGCUGGUCAACCAAAGCAUAAGAUGGCACUUAUAGUGCCAUUCCGUGAUAGACUGGAGGAGUUAUUACACUUUGUACCUUACAUGCAUAAUUAUCUUAAUGAAAAGCACAUAGCUCAUCGCAUAUAUGUCAUAAAUCAAGUGGAUAAUUAUAGGUUCAACAGAGCUUCCUUGAUAAAUGUUGGUUUCUUAGAAAGUAGAGCAGACUGUGAUUAUAUUGCCAUGCAUGAUGUUGACUUGUUACCGCAAAACCCUGAUUUGGAUUAUGGCUACCCAGAGGAAGGACCCUUCCAUGUUGCCUCUCCAGAAUAUCAUCCUAAAUACAACUACUCAAAAUUUGUUGGUGGAAUAUUACUUAUGAACAAAGACAAUUUCAUUCAGGUGAAUGGAAUGUCGAACAGGUACUGGGGCUGGGGGCGUGAAGAUGAUGAACUGUAUGUGAGAUUAUUAAAGGCUCGACUCAAGAUAAGACGACCAAAGGGACUCAAAACAGGAAGAAAAGACACAUUUUUUCAUAAUCAUGGUGCCAUGAGAACAAGGGACAACAAGAGAUAUUUUAAUCAAACAGUUUUAACAAGUCGUCUGGAUAGAGAAACUGGUGUGAGUACUGUGAAGUAUAGUGUAGACCGUCGUGUCAACUUGAUGGUUGAUGGAGCACCUAUGACAAUGCUUAAUGUACGCUUAAAAUGUGAUCUCGAAAAAACCAAGUGGUGUUUGAAGAAGGAAGACCAUGAAAAGCUUUACAGAUCAGCUGCUAAGUUCAUCAUGAAAAAUUGAUUUGUGUUCCCUGAGUUGGAAUUACAAAUGUUGUCUGUGAUAGGGAUAGUCAUUUUUGUAAAAAAAAACAUCUGGAGUUUUUUGUCCCCCUGCCAUUGUAUGUGGACAUAUAUUCAAAUUUACAUGUAGAGUUAUCAAUGUCUGUCCGUCCUGUCCCGUUCCAAAACAGUGUCAUAUCUUGAGAACUACUCAACAUAUUUGGUUCAUAUUUACACCUUAGUAUCAUAACACCAUGUCCUAUCUCGGAGGACAUUCUGGUGGUUAUUGUUGCUUAGCAACAGCGGCAAGCAUGUCUUACAAUUUUAACAAUAUUACAUUAAAUAACAAUGACCAAAGCUCAUCACCAUGGUUUAGACCAUUAAAUAUAUAAAGUGGUAAUCCUGUUAUAGCAUUGUUUAUGCACAUUGCACAGCCACCAGAAUUCUGGUUUUUCGUACAUUUAUAGUUACUCUAGUCGAUACAUGUCAAACGCCGGAUGUCCAGGCACUUUGAAGUGAGAAUGAAUUGAAGUGAGAAUGAAGGCGACAGGAUUAUAAAAAUGUACAUGUACAUUAGAAAAGUCAAUGAGUUUUAUGCUAGAUCAAAUGAAUUCCUAACAUUAUAUGUGUGUGUCAUUUAAAUGCUAAAGA